AGAGCGUUAGUGAUCGACACGUCGAAAUGGAACGCACCUAUCUUCUACCCUUGCUGUUGACUACACUGGUAUACUCUAGCCUCGGUCACAGGGGAGGUCGGUCUCCUUCAGCCUCCCUGAGCAUCAGUCCCGACAGAUCUCAGUUCCUUGAAUAUAUGUCUUUCUCUCUGAGCUGUGAGGUUCAGGUGAGUUCUACUGGAUGGAGACUGAAGAGAUACACAGCGACUGUGAAACCGUCAGAGUCUGGGGUCGACUGGGGGUUCAAUCAAUCCAACUACAUCAUCAAGACAGCCAAAACAUCAGACAGUGGAGUGUACUGGUGUGAGUCUGGGUCUGGAGAACACAGCAAUGCUGUCAACAUCACAGUACAUGGGGGUGCUGUGAUCUUGGAGAGCCCCGCCCUUCCUGUAACUAAGGAUGAUUCUGUGAUUCUGCGCUGCAAAUAUCAGGCAACUCUCGCUGAACUCACAGCUGAUUUCUACAAAGAUGGAUCCCUCAUCCGGACUGAGACGACAGGACAGAUGACCAUCCAUGCGGUAUCCAAGUCAGAUGAAGGGCUCUACAAGUGUAACAACUCUGAAGGAGAAUCACCAGCGAGCUGGAUGACUGUGACAGGUUGGUCUUCAGCCUCGCUGAGUAUCAGUCCCGACAGAUCUCAGUUCCUUGAAUAUAAGUCUGUCUCUCUGAGCUGUGAGGUUCAGGUGAGUUCUGCUGGAUGGAGACUGAAGAGGUACACAGUGACUGGAGUCGACUGGGGGUUCAAUCACGGUUCCAAAUACAUCAUCAAGACAGCCAAAACAUCAGACAGUGGAGUGUACUGGUGUGAGUCUCGGUCUGGACAACGCAGCAAUGCUGUCAACAUCACCGUACACGGUGGUGCUGUGAUCCUGGAGAGCCCCGCCCUUCCUGUAACUGAAGGAGAUUCUGUGACUCUGCGCUGCAGACAUGAAGACAAGAAAACGAAGGACACGUCAUCAAACUUCACAGCUGAUUUCUACAAAGAUGGAUCCCUCAUCAGGACUGAGACGACAGGACAGAUGACCAUCCCUGCAGUAUCCAAGUCAGAUGAAGGGCUCUACAAGUGUAACAACUCUGAAGGAGAAUCACCAGCGAGCUGGAUGACUGUGACAGGCCCAUGGCCUGUGUGGUCCGAGUCUCUGCCCAGGCUGCUGUGUAGUCUACUGGUGGUGUCUCCCUACCUGUUGGUGACCAUCGUACUGCUGGUGAAAUGCCGUAGACGCUGGGCUCAAGGGGAAACCAGGGUACCCAGGAAGACACGCCAAGACCAACCAGGUCAGCAUGUUGAAGAGCUCACCGGAUCACCAUAACAACCAUCAGAAUGGAACGCACAGACUUCUAAUCUGGAACUGUGAAACACUGUUAUUUCUUAGCUUUUAGCUUUGCAUGCUGGUACAAUAGUGCCAUGUUAUAAAAUGUGAUUUAUUAACUAUAUCCUUUUUUUGUUGUUUACUAAAUUUUUAUGACAUGUAUGCAAAACAAUUUCUAUGUUUUAAUCAAUGUUUUAUGGGGAAUUAGUAGAUUUUUAUCUGGAUUCAUCUUUAUCAUUUUCUUGGUGCACUUAGUGUUAAUUCAGGUGCUAUGAUAUUAUAAUCAAUCAAUUGUAAAUGUCCUAAUUUUUCAUCGCUAUACACACAAGAUGGAUCACCUAUCCCUGUUUAGAGGUUAUUGUUACUAAACACAGAUUUAGUGUACAGUACUUUGAUGUAGACAUAUUAUUAACGUUUCGGUACUUAUCUUCUUGAGAAUACAGGGGGUGCUGUUUCGCAUUAGCAUAAUUGCCUCUACAGAUUAAACUGCCUCUUAUUCAAUUAUUGCUGUUACUAUAUGCAUAUAACCAUAUACCAUUGGAUAGAAAACAAGCAAUGGUUUCUAAAACCGUUCCAAUUUUGUCUCUGAGUGAAACACAGGUCAUUUCACAGCACUUUCCCUGAGCCAGAAGAAGAUUGCAAGAUGUGUAUGCUCGCUUCAACGCUCUGCCUAUAUAUGGUCAUGCCACCUAUGACCCGAAACACACUUCAUUCUUCUUCCUCUGGGUGUCAGGAAGUUGUCAGAGGAGAAUUUUUUUGUUUAUCUUGUACUGACGUGAAAUAAGACCUAUUUCUUUAGCGUGACCGACAACUUCCGGUUUUCUGAAAUGCGCGUUGUAGAGGUGCCAUUGUCUUUUGUUAUGCUGACGUUACGGAUGAAAACUAUCUCCGUCUCGAAGUUUGUUUGAUACAUGUGACCAUAUCACCGUAAUGUAUGUUUUUUCAAUAUAGUUUAAUCAGAUUAUUAGAAUUUUUUCGGGAGUUUUGCCGUGUUCCGUUCUUUGAGUUUUUUAACUUUGGACAGGGACCGUGCCAGUCGACCAGUACCCAGGCUAAAUGAAGAGGGGAAGUUGCCAUUGUGAAUGAAUUGAACGACUCAUCAGGACUAAGGACACCUUGAUCAACAUUCUGAUGAAAGAUCAGCAAUAGUAAGACCCAAUUUACGAUGUUAUUUCAUAUAUCUGUCGUGCAUGUGAACUGGUCGGGCGCGUCCAGCUGGUUCUG